AUGAAACAAUUGUCGAUAAAAGUGACAAGCAAUGCUAAUGGACAAGACUCUUCCUACUUUUUGGGAUGGGAAGAAUACGAGAAGAACCCUUACGACGAAAUCAAGAACCCUAAUGGGAUUAUUCAAAUGGGUCUUGCCGAAAAUCAGCUAUGUUUUGAUCUCAUAGAGACAUGGCUAGCUAAGAAUCCGGACGCGGCCGGACUCAAAAAGGACGGCCAAUCCAUUUUCAAAGAGCUUGCUCUCUUCCAAGACUAUCAUGGCCUACCAGAAUUCAAGAAAGCUUUGGCAGAGUUUAUGGAGGAAAUAAGAGGAAAUAGAGUAACAUUUGAUCCAAGCAAGAUUGUCCUAGCUGCUGGUUCAACCUCUGCCAACGAAACUCUCAUGUUUUGUCUCGCAGAACCUGGCGACGCUUUCCUUUUACCAACUCCUUACUAUCCAGGAUUUGAUAGGGAUCUGAAAUGGAGAACAGGAGCAGAGAUCAUACCGAUCCAUUGCUCGAGCUCUAAUGGGUUUCAAAUAACAGAGUCAGCUCUUAAACAAGCUUAUCAACAAGCUCAGAAGCUUGAUCUUAGAGUCAAAGGAGUUCUUGUUACCAACCCGUCAAAUCCACUUGGUACCAUGUUGACCAGAAGAGAAAUUAACCUUCUCGUUGACUUCAUUACUUCCAAAAACAUUCAUCUCAUUAGCGACGAGAUCUAUUCAGGUACUGUUUUUGGGUUUGAACAGUUUGUUAGUGUUAUGGAUGUCUUAAAAGACAAGAAACUCGAGAACAGUGAAGUCUCCAAAUGA